UCCCAGGCUCUAUCUGAAUUCCUCAGAGAUGCAGAGCAACUCAAAUAACCUCAGGGCAAGCUGUCUUCUGGGCUUCUUGCUGCUACUGGUUGCUGCUUCCAUGGGGAUGAGGCUGCCCAGGGAAAACAAGCCUUCCUGGAAGGAUUGCAAAGAUGCCUCGCAGGAGAUACUCAGCGAGUUGUGGAAGCUGAGGCUAGAGGAGAAGGUGGUGGCAAAUACGAGUGUUUCACUUCCCCAGAGGAUUGAAUGCAGUGACAAAUGUGAUCCAGAUUCGUUGGACAAUAAUAAAAUGGUAAGUGUUUUUGCGAGCACACGCGCUGAACCCUGUCCGUGGAGCCUAUCCCCCAAAGAGAGAGACAAGAGACCAAACCUGUCUGGGAUUGAGGAUGUGCAGGGCAAUGUGGUUGGAGGAAAUAUGGAAAGCAGCAGCCCAGACCUCCCACCCAUUUUGGCAGAAUGGCAGAAGGAAGCCUUGCAGGACCCCAUCCUGCUCCGCCUGCAGUCCUUCGCCGUCGUGGUGGCAAGAGUCAUUUCCCAUUGCGCAGCAUUAGCCAGGAAUGCAAACUAAGAUCGGAGGAGGGAAGCGUCCUAGUCUUACGCUUUUCAUUGUAUUUAAUCGACAUACUUAAUUU